GGGCGCGCGCAAGGGGCUGGUUUGGAGAUCCCUUUAAGAAAAACCACAGGCGGAGGAAUUUCUCUGAGAGAAAAUAAUCCUCCUCCCGGAGCCCCUUGGAGGCCAUUAACCCCCCGAGUCCCGGCCCCCCUGCCCCGGCAGGCCCUCGCGCCCACGCGCCCGCCCGGGGGACCCCAGGAGCUGCGGCUGAGCGUGUGGGCCUCCGCCCCCCUCGUCACUCCCGCGCCAGGCCCCGCCGAGGGCGACCGAACCGCAGCGGGUGAAGCGCCCGAGUCUGCAGUGUGGGCGGGGGCCGAGAGGGGCCGCGGCCGCCGCCGCCGCCGCCGCCGCCGCCGCGCCGGGAACCGCCGCGGUUCGGAGCGGGGCCCAACAUGGCGGAGCGGGAGGUGGAGACCGGCCCCCGAAAGAGGUUUGAACAGAAAAGUGAUGCGGUUUUUGAUGAAAUUGUAGAAAACUGUGGUGUCAUGGAUACAGAAAUGUCUGAAGAUACAGACCACAACUUAACUCCCACCCUUGCCAGCAUGUCUUAUGGAAUGCCGAAUCAAACAGGAUCUGAAAAUUCAUUGCUGGAUGAAGAUGAUUAUUUUUUGAACUCUGGGGAUCUUGCAGGAAUUCCAGUCGUUAGUAGUGACAAUGAGGAUGAACAGGAUUUUAGUUCAAAGGACAAUCUUGUUUCUUCAGUUCAUACUGAUGGUAGUUUGGAAGUAGAGAGAAGAGCUUCUCAUCAGGAAUCAGACAAUGAAAAUGAAAUACAAAUGCAAAAUCAAUUAAAAAAAGACUUUCCUAAACAGUUUGAUCAGGUUUCUGUCUUUAAAUCAAUACGAAAAGAUUUUUGUUUAGUGAGAGAAAACAGCAAAGAGACAUUUUCUGGAAAGGAGAAAAAUAGAGACCUAACUUAUCAUGAACGUGAAAAACGGUUGGAUAAACCCCAUAAAGGUUUGGAUUCAAGGUUGAAAAGCAGUUUUUUUGAUAAAGCAGCUAAUCAAGUUGAAGAAACAUUACAUACUCAUUUACCACAAAACCCAGAAACAAACUUUAGGGACUCCAGCUACCCAUUUGCCAAUAAAGAAUCCAUUGGUUCGGAACUGGGGAAUUCGUUUGCAUCAAAUAUUAGAAUUAAAGAAGAACCUUUGGAUGAUGAGUAUGAGAAAGCAGUGGCGCCUCAGCAGGGACUACUAGACAGAGUUAAAGACGAACCUGACAAUGCUCAAGAGUAUAGUCAUGGCCAACAGCAAAAAACUCAAGAGGGGGAACUGAAAAUUAGUGCUGUGUUUUCAGUCAGUGGCAGUCCUCUUGCUCCACAGUUGACCACUGGCUUUCAGCCUUCUCUGGCAUCACCUGGCGUGAAUAAAAUGCUUCCUUCAGUUCCAGCCACAGCUGUUCGAGUUUCUUGCUCUGGUUGUAAAAAAAUCCUCCAGAAGGGGCAGACAGCUUAUCAGAGGAAAGGGUCUACUCAGCUUUUCUGCUCUACCCUGUGCCUCACGGGAUACACAGUUCCACCUGCCCGCCCGCCACCUCCCCUCACCAAGAAGACUUGUUCAAGUUGUUCAAAAGACAUUUUAAAUCCCAAGGACGUGAUCAGUGCCCAGUUUGAAAAUAGCACCACCAGUAAGGAUUUUUGCAGUCAGUCAUGCUUGUCAACAUAUGAACUGAAAAAAAAGCCCAUUGUUACCAUAAAUACAAAUAGCAUUUCAACCAAAUGCAGCAUGUGCCAGAAGAAUGCUGUUAUUCGACAUGAAGUUAAUUACCAGAACGUGGUUCAUAAGCUCUGCAGCGAUGCCUGUUUCUCUAAGUUUCGCUCUGCUAACAACCUCACUAUGAACUGUUGUGAGAACUGUGGGGGUUACUGUUAUAGUGGCUCUGGACAGUGCCAUGUGCUGCAGAUUGAGGGGCAGUCUAAGAAGUUUUGUAGUUCAAUGUGUGUCACCUCAUACAAGCAGAAUUUGUUUAACAAGCCAACUGGAAUGAAUUCUUCAGUAGUGCCCUUGUCUCAGGGCCAGGUAAUCGUGAGCAUCCCCACAGGUUCAUCAGCAUCUGCAGGUGGAGGGAGUACCCCCGCUGUGUCCCCCACCUCGAUCAACAGCUCUGCUGCUGCUGGGCUCCAGAGGUUGGCUGCCCAGUCCCAGCAUGUUGGUUUUGCCCGAAGUGUGGUAAAGCUUAGGUGUCAACACUGUAACCGGCUUUUUGCCACAAAGCCAGAGCUUCUUGACUACAAGGGUAAAAUGUUUCAGUUCUGUGGCAAGAAUUGUUCUGAUGAAUAUAAGAAAAUCAAUAAUGUAAUGGCAAUGUGUGAAUACUGUAAAAUUGAGAAAAUUAUAAAGGAGACUGUGAGGUUCUCAGGUGCUGACAAGUCAUUUUGUAGUGAAGGUUGCAAAUUGCUUUAUAAACACGACUUGGGAAAACGCUGGGGAAGUCAUUGUAAAAUGUGCAGUUAUUGUUUACAGACAUCUCCCAAACUGAUACAAAAUAAUUUGGGUGGAAAGGUGGAAGACUUCUGUUGUGAAGAAUGCAUGUCUAAGUAUACAGUUUUGUUUUAUCAGAUGGCCAAAUGUGAUGGUUGCAAGAGACAGGGUAAACUGAGUGAGUCAUUGAAAUGGCGAGGUGACAUAAAACACUUUUGUAACCUGCUUUGCAUCUUGAUGUUCUGUCAUCAGCAAACUGUAUGUGACCCACCUUUACAAAACAAUGCAGCAAGUAUUUCCAUGGUUCAAGCUGCUUCUGCAGGGCCCCCAUCCCUCAGAAAAGAUUCAACUCCAGUUAUUGCUAAUGUGGUAUCUUUAGCAAGUGCUCCUGCUGCCCAGCCCACAGCAAACACCAACAGCGUCUUACAAGGUGCAGUUCCAACAGUUACAGCAAAAAUCAUUGGGGAUGCAAGUACUCAAACAGAUGCCCUGAAACUUCCACCUUCCCAACCUCCAAGGCUCUUGAAGAACAAAGCUUUAUUGUGCAAACCCAUUACACAGACUAAAGCCACCUCAUGUAAACCACAUACUCAAAACAAAGAAUGCCAGACAGACACUCCAAGUGAGCCCCAGGUUAUGGUGGUACCAGUCCCUGUGCCAGUGUUUGUUCCCAUACCUCUUCAUCUUUACACCCAGUAUACUCCUGUCCCCUUUGGGAUUCCAGUUCCUAUGCCUGUUCCCAUGUUUAUUCCAUCCUCUAUGGAUAAUGAUGAGAAAACCACCGAGGGCAUUGAAGACAUUAAAGAGAAGCUUGCCACACAUCCGUUUGAAGCAGAUCUCCUUGAGAUGGCAGAAAUGAUUGCAGAAGAUGAAGAGAAGGAGAAAACUUUAUCCCAGGGAGAAUCUCAAACUUCUGAACAAGAACUCUUUCUAGACACCAAGAUAUUUGAAAAAGACCAAGGAAGUACAUAUAGUGGUGAUCUUGAGUCAGAAGCAGUAUCAACUCCGCAUAGCUGGGAAGAAGAGCUGAAUCAUUACGCGUUAAAGUCGAAUGCUGUGCAAGAUGCUGAUUCAGAACUGAAACAGUUCUCAAAAGGGGAAACAGAACAGGAUCUGGAGGCAGAUUUUCCAUCAGAAUCUUUUGACCCACUUAAUAAAGGACAGGGAAUCCAGGCACGUUCUCGAACAAGACGAAGACACAGAGAUGGCUUCCCCCAACCCAGACGGCGAGGGAGGAAGAAGUCUGUAGUACCUGUGGAACCCAGAAGUCUUAUUCAAGGAGCCUUGCAAGGGUGCUCAGUGUCUGGAAUGACACUGAAGUAUAUGUAUGGGGUAAAUGCCUGGAAGAACUGGGUUCAGUGGAAAAAUGCCAAGGACGAACAAGGAGAUCUGAAGUGCGGGGGAGGUGAACUUGCCUCUGCUAGUCCGUGUUCUGACUCCUUAGGAGGUGCUCAAGACCAGACACUCUCUCAAGAAUCCUCAGAGCAAGGCUGUAAAGCACGUUCUGUGAAACUGAAGGAAGAUAUUCUCUCCUGCACUUUUUCUGAGUUGAGUUUGGGCUUAUGCCAGUUUAUCCAAGAGGUUCGGAGACCAAAUGGUGAAAAGUAUGACCCAGACAGUAUCUUAUACCUGUGCCUUGGAAUUCAGCAGUACCUAUUUGAAAAUGGUAGAAUAGAUAACAUUUUUACGGAGCCCUAUUCCAGAUUUAUGAUUGAACUUACCAAACUCUUGAAAAUAUGGGAGCCUACAAUACUUCCUAAUGGUUACAUGUUCUCUCGAAUUGAAGAAGAGCAUCUGUGGGAGUGCAAACAGCUAGGCGCAUACUCGCCCAUUGUCCUGUUAAACACCCUCCUUUUUUUCAAUACCAAAUACUUCCAACUAAAGAAUGUUACUGAGCACUUGAAGCUUUCCUUUGCCCACGUGAUGCGACGGACCAGGACUCUGAAGUACAGCACCAAGAUGACAUAUCUGAGGUUCUUCCCGCCUUUACAGAAGCAGGAGUCAGAGCCAGAUAAGCUAACUAUUGGCAAGAGGAAACGAAAUGAAGAUGAUGAGGCCCCAGUGGGAGUGGAGAUGGCAGAGAACACUGACAACCCACUGAGGUGCCCGGUUCGGCUUUAUGAGUUUUACCUGUCAAAAUGUUCUGAAAGUGUGAAGCAGAGGAGUGACGUGUUCUACCUUCAGCCUGAGCGCUCCUGUGUUCCUAACAGUCCCAUGUGGUACUCCACAUUCCCCAUAGACCCUGGGACCCUGGACACCAUGCUGACACGCAUUCUCAUGGUGAGGGAGGUACAUGAAGAACUUGCCAAAGCCAAAUCUGAAGACUCUGAUGCCGAGUUAUCGGAUUAACAUGAAGGAAAGCUCCCGUUUUCAUGCACACUGGUAUGCACCAAGCUGUGAUAUACCCAGCUGUUGGGAAGAUGUUGAAAUGCAAGUCCUCUUGACUUGCUUAUUUGGUGGGAAAAACGGUAGCUUCUGAGCCAUAGUGGGCUGCAAAUGUAACCUGAAGGGAGAAGGGUGAGUGGAUUGGGAGGGAGAGGAACGUUCAUAGACAUCUUCGAAAGACUAACCAGUUUCUGAGUGGUGCAUAAUCUUAUUUUCUUUGGGAAUAAGAAAUUGUGGAAUAUUUUUAAGGAAAACUGUUGUAUAAAAUUCUACCAUAGUAACCUUAGUUAGAAGGGGUAGCUUUGCAGUGAGACCCUGGCUGCAGUAGGCUACUUGAGCAAGCUGUCCAUGAACUUCAGGAAAGGUCACUGCACAGCUGAGAGUGGCAUCAGAUGAGGACAGGGAGACUCAGCCUGGAAGAUCCAAUAAAAAUACUCAAGUUUUUAUAAAAAGAUAGUGGUCUGGGUUGAUUUUUCACUGCCAACCUACUUAAGUGAGGGAUAGAAGCCUUUAGUCUUUUUAACUGAAGGCCCCUCACAUCAGAGGACGCGCCCUUCAUUACUGUUAGUGAGCCCCUUUUCAUUUAGGGUCUUGCCUUCUCAGCUGUGGGUGAUUGAAGGUAAAAAGGAUGAUAUUUGAGAAUUUAACUAUGUACACAGAAAAUCUGUGGAGCUCAUUAGACCCUGGUGUCUUGAAGUAUUUAUAGAAAGCCCAUUAAAAUGCCCACUUCUCUGGGUGCUGCUGUCUCCUGGCCUCAGCUGGCUGCACAGAAGUGGAGCCACCCUUUGUGUCCAGUUUUCCCCCAUGGCAUCCUUUCUUCCCUGUCUUACUUUCCUGUUCCCAAAUGAUGCUGCUUGUUCUUUGUACCAGCUUCUAGAGGCCCUUGUCAUUUCAAAAGGAAUAACCUGUCUCCAUAAUUCUGACAAAUGUGUGGGUGAUCCCACAAAGACACAGUAUUAAGUAGCUGUCCGAGUUACGGUAGGGAAGGUCGCAGUAGGUUGCUGUGUAAAAGCAUCUGGAAGUUGACCUUAUUGCCCAGGGAACUUGAAAGUUAGGAAUGCUGGGGCUGGAGUCCGAGGUGACUGACCUUACAUAUCCAUGCGGUUGGUUUUUCUACUGCUUCAUUCCAGAUUCUAGCUCUCAUAGUUCUAUGGGGAGUGUAAGGCACAGGUGUGUGUGACAUUACCAGGUGUCUCCCUCAUCUCCAUUCUCAGUUUCUUUCCUACAAAUUUUGAAUCAAGCUUUUAAUAAUGUUGGAUAAUUAUUGAGCUUCUUUAAUUGACGUUAAUUUGAGCUUACAGCAGAAAUGAGAGAAGUCAUAAGCUUCUCCAGCGUGUCAUCUUAACUUCGGUAUGUCCCAUGUCAUAGGUGGGAGUAGCAAGUUGGUUGUUUUGUUUUGUUUUUUUUUUUAAACAAAUAAAAGUCAUUUAAAUACAACAGAACUUUAAAAUGGGCCUUUGACAUUGUGUACUUAGUGGUUCUGUCCCUCUGCUUGUAACAAAUACCCUUUUUGUUACUAAAAAUUAUGUGAAAGAAGUUAAUCUGGCCCAGUCUGUAUGAUUAACUCCAUCUGUGCUGUCAUUUCUGACGGGGAAACCUCUUCCUUCCAGACCUUGAUUGAUUGGAGGGAAAGCAGUUGGCCUGUCUGAUAAGUCACCAAUAAACCAUCCAAAACACCAGGUGUCCAGUCCUGCUGUAUCAGUUUUGAUUUGUGUAAACACUAACAUUUCCCAUCUAUAGUUGUAUGAAAAACAAAUACUGUUAGCUUAGUAUAUAAAUUGUUAUAAAAUACCAAAAAGGGAAAAAAAAUGUAUCUUUUAAGAGAACAGCCACUACCCAGAUAGAUGACUGCAUCAGGGCUUCAGCUGCAUGUUAGUGCAGGGGCUUCAGACCCCUAAGCUAAUUUUAAAAACUGGUUGAUCAUCAGUCAUUCCUCCUGAGUGUAGCCGUUUGCUGUGUCAAAUCAUUUGCUUUUUUAAUUUUGUUAAAAUUGUGUAAAACCAUCCUUACUCCAUCCUCCCUCUAGGGGGAGUGAGGGACGAACCCAAUUACUAGCGCCUGAUCUCGGCCUGUCCCCUGUCCUUGGUCUUUAACUGUCUCUGGAUUUUGUCUUUGCAGGAACCACAGAACUAUUCCCUUAGAAUAAAAUAGUAUAUUUGUAUUUGAUGGGUGAGUUCUUUUUCUUUGUUGCUUUAAAGAACUUUAAAUAUAUAUUUUUUUAUUUGAUCUUAUUGGUAUGAUCCAAGAGAUAUAAAAUUGCAAAAAAAAAGAAUGCCGCUUUCAG